UNCGCUUACCCACUCAUCAAGAGCUUGACUGCUUUUUCUCGAAAGCUCGCUGACCCGUAAAGAGUCAUCCAAGAUUAAACAACACCCUCCCUCGAAUCCAAACUUGGAUUUGCCUUUACUCUCAACUUAUCUGCUUUAACUUUGUCGACGGCAGUUGACCUCUAUAUCGACCUCAGUCCUCAAGCUUACUGCCUUCCUCGUCCGUCAUGAGUGGCAGUGGUUCUGGUUCUGGUCCGCUCCAGCCUACAUGGCAUGGCUUCAUCCAGAAUAGCAUGGAUGGACUCGUGCUGUUCGAGGCAUGUCUCAGCGGCAAGCUGCAUCACGUCCCUCGCCGCCCUCACGAUCGCGAACGCGCAAGUCUCAUCAAGAGCGGCAGCGUCUUUAUAUACGAAGAGAACGCAUCAGGCAUCAAGCGCUGGACGGAUGGUGUCGCUUGGAGCCCUAGUCGUAUCCUCGGAAACUUCUUGAUUUAUCGCGAACUCGAGAAGCCUUUCCCUCCUGGCGAGAAGAAGCGCGCAAUGAAACGCAAACGAUCCUCCCAAGAACCCGAAGGCCGUCGCGAUUCCGAGGAGAACGAAGUUGCAGAAUAUAACAGACUCCCACCAACUCCUCCGUCGCCAGCAAAUCCCCCGGAGUCGAAGUCUAGCGCACCCGGCACGACCGACAGCGACAAGGAGGUAGAGCGCCAGCUUAUUGGUUCCCUUGUUGACAGCUACGGCUUCAGGCCUAAUGGUCUGGUGAAGAAGACGAUGAGCAUUUCUCUGAACGGCGUCUCGCAUCAUCUUGUCUCCUACUACACCGUUGAAGAUGUCAAGCAACGAAAGCUUCAGCGCCCCUUGACCGACACGCGUUUGAAUGGCAUAGCAAUUCGCCCCGAGCUUUACCUGAAGCAGAACUUCCGCGCACCUGUUGAGGAGUCGGACCAAUAUGCUGUCGACGGUAACACUGGACACGCGUACCCUCAUAUGGGUAGCUCAUACAUGGUGCCGGCUUCUGGCUAUAUGAUGCGCCAAGCUUAUGUACCACCCCCAGGCUAUCCGAUGUAUGGCGCCGCGCCGGUAUCCACUGGGCCAGGUGUGUACGCCAGCCUGCCAGCUACAGCUCAGCCUGCACCUUCUUGGUCACAGCCAUACAGCGCAGCGCCUCCGCAGCAGAGUUACAGCAACUAUUACAGCACCCGCAACGAAACGUCGACUCCUCAGGCGCCGAGCAACUCAUACGCACCUAUGCCACCCAUGCAGUCGUCGCAAUACCAGUCACCAAUGAGAACACCCGCCCAGAGCUACGGUCAGCCUCCUAGCAUGACUACUUCAUCUACUCCAGUGGCCACACAAUCUCAGUAUCAACCAGCACAGACGGCCACAACAUCACAGUACCAGCCAACAAGCUAUAGUGUCCAAACGAGCAGCCAUCAAAGCGCCUCACCUCAACAGCAAAGCAUGAGAUCGCCGCCAGUCGGGCCGCCACAGUCGAUGAGCUCUUAUUCUGGUGGACGCUCGAACCUGCCCAGCAUGCCCAGCAUGCCAAAUUACAGGCAAUAUGCAAGCCAGGGCCCGGGAUCACACGAAAUGCCCAGCAUCGGCAUGGCUUCUGGAUACGGCAGCAGCCAUGCUCAACCUAGCAGUGGAAGUUACGGUGCGCCUAGCUACGCAAAUCCAGGACUCAGCGCCCCCCAGAGCUACCGACACAGUAGUGACGCAACCCCCGGUGCUCAGAGCUCUCAAUAUUAUAAUGACGGAAAGCCUGCAGUGAGCAGCUACACUUGAGCAGACAGAUCUCAUUCCUGUUAAUUUGCUCAAAAUAACGACCUUCUAUUUUUCAAAAGGCCACGUUCUGCCUGUUCUCGGCUUUUUUCUCUAUUCAGAGCACGCAGUUAUUUGUCCAUAAAAGCGGCGGAGGAUCGGUUUGCCGAUAAUACAGCUCGGGU